UUUCUGAGGCCAGUUGAAGGAUAUACUUGCAGUGAGGAUAUUUUGUCUACAAAUACAAAAUAUCUUCAGUCAUCAGUCAUCUUGGUAUGCGCAUGUGAAAGUACAAUUGCAAUGCCCUUUCUCUUACACUUCGGGUUGGCCUGUUAAAAAACAGAACACAUGAUGAGCCUGGCUUCAACAACCUCCACCUCCUCAGCCUCCUAUCUGCUCUCCACAGCCCUUUGCACAGCGAGAAGAACCUCUCUUCCGCUCUGCCAAACUCAUCAUCAGCUCCGCUUCCUCUCAACUUUUAGAAAAUGCAAUUUAAAUUGGCAGAGAUCAUUAGGGAAGAAUACAGAACAAAGAGUAAGGUCUAGUGCUGUGGGAGUGGAAGAUGAAGCAUGUGAGUUAGUGAACGGGGUGGAGAUUUCCAUUGGGGAAGGCGAUGAUAACAUCCAAGCUUUUCUCUUUAAGGCAGUGAAGAAUAAUAAUGGAACAGGUUUGUUGCUCUUAUCUGAUGUCUUUGGGUUUCAAGAUUCAGCCACAAGAGAUUUUGCAUACCAGGUUGCCUGCCAUGGUUACAAUGUCCUUGUUCCGGACCUAUUUCGUGGUGAUCCGUGGGCAAAGGGCCGGCCGAAAACAAUGUUUGAACAAUGGAUGGCUAGCCAAGACCCUCAGAGGGUUGCAAAUGACAUUGCUUCCUCGACAAAAUGGUUGGUUGAUGAAUUUACAGCAGCAGGAAUUUCAAAGAAACUUGGUAUUAUUGGAUUUUGCUUUGGAGGUGGCCGAGUGAUAGACGUUUUAGCAGCAGACCAAGGUGCUUGUUUCAGCAUUGCUGUCUCAUUUUAUGGUACCAGGAUGGAUCCCUCAGCAGCAUAUAAAGUAAAGGUGCCUGUCUUGUUCAUUUCAGGAGAAAAUGACCCGGUUUGUCAGGUAAGCGUUUUGAGUGAGUUUGAGAAGAGCAUCGGAAAGGGGUCUAGGGUGGUAAUCUUCAAGGGAAGAGGUCACGCCUUUGCCCAUCGACCUGGAUCUCCUGAAGAGGAUGCAGAUGCAGAGCAGGCCUUUACAUUAAUGAAUAAUUGGCUACAUGAUGGCCUAGUUGUAAAUAGCUGAGGUUGAAUUGGUUAUGGUUUUCUUGUUCAUUUCAGACAUACACUGUUUAUGGUUUAUCCUGUAUGCUGUUAAAAGGUAGAUCCGAUGCCGCUGAACUGAUCAUGACUGGUGCAUCUUUCUCACUAUGCUCUCUGAAUAAUCGUGCUAAACCGGUGAAUCGUUUUUGGGUUGAUGUUUAUGCCAGCGAAUGUACGUAAGUAAUGCCUUUUUCGUAUCAUUUGCAUGAAUUUCCAUGAUUUUUUUUUUCUUGAAAGCUAACAUGUCAUUCUUUGUUGGCCAUCAUCGAAAACCAAUUUGAGUUCUCUUACAAAAUACAAUUGAUGAAUAAUUGAUUUAACUCCCAUGGAUUCACGAACAAAGAGGAAGAAAAAUUGCAUAUUGACAAAGAAACGAGGGCAUGACUUAGUGAGACUAAACUUGAACAGUAAAUGCAAUUGAAAUAAAGGGAUUCAGAGAAGCUGUUUGAUUUGCUGAUAAGAGGUAGAUUCCAAUUUUACACCUGCAUAUCUUUUGCCAUUUUUGCCUUCUAGCAUAGAAGCUGAUUGGAGAAUACAAUAGAGAGCAAACUUGACGUAACUGAACAGCAAAAUGUGUCCGGGA